CGCUUCUGAUAGGAAAAAGUCAAGUGUUGCGACAGAUUAUGACCAGAGCGUUGUUUUCCAGCACUGUAACUCUGCCUAAAUUGUCUUGUAUGGUAAAAUAUGCACCAUUGUCCUCAUUAAAAGACUCGACUGACGUACCUUUAGGAAGGCGUUAUUGUUGUUUGCAGUAGUUUACCUCAUCAGGUGUGAUGGCGGAGCGAGGAGCUCAUUUAACCACAGCUGCUCCGGCUGAAGAUCGACCCUCAGUGUUUGAGGUUUUAGCGCAGGACUCAUUAAUGACCGCUGUCAAACCCGCUUUACUGCAUGCUGUCAAGAUUCUUGCUACAUCUAACCCUGCCCGCUAUGGAGUUCUCUGGAGGAGGUUUGAUGAGAUUUAUGUAAUACUGGAUAUGUUAUUGCAGCAUCACUUCCUGUCCCGCACCAGUGCCUCGUUUUCAGAAAACUUCUAUGGCCUGAAACGUGUGGGAGUGGACAGUGCCCGUGCUGCCCAUCUGGGACUGCGGCGCAGGCAACACUGGCACUCUUUACUCUUGCUGGCCCUCAUUCCUUACCUGCACACCAAACUGGAGAAAAUCCUGGCGCGACAGAGAGACGAGGACGAUUUCUCCAUCCGCUUGCCGCAGUCCUUCCUGCAGAAGAUGUACAGGGCGUUUUUGGCUGCGUAUCCUUUCAUCUGCAUGGCGUGGGACGGCUGGGUCUUCUGCCAACAGCUUUUGUACGUUUUCGGCAAAACACGGACACAUUCUCCACUUCUGUGGCUUGCCGGGGUUAAACUCUCAUAUCUCACGGCUAAUGACAUACACAGCCUGGAUCUCAAGUCUUCAGGCCCAGAAUUGAGCUCCGGUCAAAGCUUUGGAGAGAAAUUCCAACAUGUAUUCUCGACGGCGGUCGGUGGCGUGGCUGUGUCUCUGUCAACCAGCCUGUCGAUUGGCGUGUUUUUCCUGCAAUUCCUGGAAUGGUGGUAUUCGUCUGAAAACCAGAGCACCGUGAAGUCCUUGACCUCCCUCCCGACGCCUCCGCCGCCCCUCCACCUUCACAGCCAGGAGACGUCACACACACACAUCAAAGUGUGUCCGAUCUGCAGGAAAGUGCGCACCAAUGACACCGCGCUAGCCACGUCUGGCUACGUGUUCUGUUACAGGUGUAUAUAUGUGUACGUGAAAGCCAACCACAGGUGUCCUCUCACCGGCUACCCUUCAGGACUGCAGCACCUCAUUAAAAUAUACACCCCUGAUGGAUAGACUGGUCAUAUUUUUCAAGAUGCCUUAAUGUGAAUAUGUCUGAUUUUAUAUAAUUAUUGCACAGUGUUAACUGUUUUCAAAUGUGACUGAAAUGUAAUUUAGUAAUAAAUUUGUACAGAAAUCAUUAUUGCUGACUCUCAUAGGGAUAGAGGGAACUUGGCCAGGACACUGGGGUUACACCCCUACACUCUACUAGAAGUGUCAUAGGAUUUUUAAUGCCCACAGAGAGUCAGGACCUCGAUUUAUCAUCUGAAAGACGGUGCUCACUGACAGUAUAGUGUCCCCUUCACUAUACUGGGGCAUUAGGACCCACACAGACCACAGGUUGAGCUCCCCCUGCUGGCCUCGCUAACACCACUUCCAACAGCAACCUAGUUUUCCCAUGUGGUCUCCCAUGCAGAUACUGACCAGGCUCAGCCCUGCUUAGCUUCAGUGAGAUUCCGUUCUUGGGCUGCAGGGUGAUAUGGCUGUGGUUUAAAGUUCAAAAGUUUAAAAUUUAAGGUCACAGUGCAAGUAGCAGCUAA